AGCGGGCGGCGCGAGCGUCACGCCAGACCGCGGCCCGCACGCCUUCGUCUCCCUGAGGGCCUCCGGAGCCUCCCGGAGCCUCCUUGUGCCUCGCGCGCCAGGCCCGCGGCGGCCGGGACCUCGCGGUCCUCAGUAUGUCUUCGUCGGCGCCCGCUGCCGAGGGAGAGGGCACCACCGCCCAGCCCGCGUCCGAGAAGGAGCCCGACAUGCCCGGCCCGAGAGAGGAGAGCGAGGAGGAGGACGAAGACGACGAAGAGGAGGAUGAGGAGGAGGAGAAAGAAAAGAGUCUCAUCGUGGAAGGCAAGAGGGAAAAGAAAAAAGUAGAGAGGUUGACAAUGCAAGUCUCUUCCUUACAAAGGGAGCCAUUUACAAUUGCACAAGGAAAGGGGCAGAAACUUUGUGAAAUUGAAAGGAUACAUUUCUUUCUGAGUAAGAAGAAAACAGAUGAACUUAGAAAUCUACACAAACUGCUUUACAAUAGACCAGGCACAGUGUCCUCAUUAAAGAAGAAUGUGGGUCAGUUUAGUGGUUUUCCAUUUGAAAAAGGAAGUAUUCAGUAUAAAAAGAAGGAAGAAAUGUUGAAAAAAUUUAGAAAUGCCAUGUUAAAGAGCAUCUGCGAGGUUCUUGAUUUGGAGAGAUCAGGUGUAAAUAGUGAACUAGUGAAGAGGAUCUUGAAUUUCUUAAUGCAUCCGAAGCCUUCUGGCAAACCAUUGCCAAAGUCUAAAAAGACUUCUAGUAAAGGCAAUAAGAAGGAACGCAACAGUUCUGGAACAACAAGGAAAGCGAAGCGAACCAAAUAUCCUGAAAUUCUGUCAGAUGAGUCUAGUAGUGAUGAAGAUGAAAAGAAAAACAAGGAAGAGUCUUCAGAGGAUGAAGAUAAAGAAAGUGAAGAGGAGCCACCAAAAAAGACUUCAAAAAGAGAAAAACCUAAGCAGAAAGCUGCUGCGAAAAAUAAGAAGUCUGUAAAAAGUGCUAAUGUUAAGAAAGCAGACAGCAGCACCACCAAGAAGAAUCAGAACAGUUCCAAGAAAGAAAGUGAAUCUGAAGAUAGUUCAGAUGAUGAACCUUUAAUUAAAAAAUUGAAGAAACCACCUACAGAUGAAGAGUUAAAGGAAACAGUAAAGAAAUUACUGGCCAAUGCUAACUUGGAGGAAGUCACAAUGAAGCAGAUUUGUAAAGAGGUAUAUGAAAAUUAUCCUGCUUAUGAUUUAACUGAAAGAAAAGAUUUCAUAAAAACAACUGUUAAAGAACUAAUUUCUUGAGACUGAGAUGACUUGUUCCCAUAGAUUCGAAGAUCUGAUUUAUACCAUUAUACCAGCAAAGAGAAUGUAUUUCCUUUUCUAAAUCCUUGUUAAGCAUUGUGGUAGAACUAAAGUGCUGACCCUUUAUUAUCUUCAGUGUUAACGUAAAAUUGAGUUUGCUGUUUUAAAUUGCAUUUCUAUGCAGUUUUUAGUUAAAAUUCUUGCAUGGCAGUAAUUGUUACUUGCUUUUAUAGUUGUAUUUUGUACAUUUUUGAUUUCUUUAUAUAUGGAUAUAGAUCCUUGAAUUGUGGUUUUUAGUGCACUUAAUAUUAGCUUGCUUAAGACAUUCUUUUAAUCAGGUAGAACAAAAGUUAUUAUAACCGGCAUUUAUACAUAGACUAUUGUGGCAUUUAGUACAUGAACUAUUUUGAAUACACAUCUCUUCUGUCAGAGUGAAAGCUCCAGUGAUGGUGUGUUCAUCAUGUAACAGUACACACGCUACAGUUGUCCAGAGGACUAGAAUGGAACUUCUCUCCUGCAUGUGUAUAUAUGUCAAAUUGUCAGCAUGACAGAAGUGACAGAUGUUAUUUUUGUAUUUUUAAAAACCAAUUUGUUGUAUAUAAGGUUUUUUAUUUCUUUUGUGCAGAUCAGUUUUUAAACUCACAUAGGUAGGUGUCUUUCCACUUGUAAACGAUAAAAUGUCAGUGUUGAGCAGUGUGACAGCAGCGAAAGUCAGAAUUCAGUGACAGGACAGACAGUUCCCCUGCUUUGCCUUUAAAGUGUCAUCAAUUUGUAGUUUUAGUGUUAACUCUGCAAAAAUGUUUGUUGAUACAUUUUAUAUUAAGGACAGACCAAAAUCAAUAUGUCAAAGCUUCAAAAACUUUGGGGAGAGGGGUUACAUACAAGCACAUUUGGCUUAUUAGUAAAUGAAACGAUUCUUAUUAACUGCUUUGCCCAUAUAAAUUGCUCAUAUUUACAGGAAACUUGAUCACCCUCAUAAUGAUGAUAAAGGAACCAGAUAAUGGUGCCAGAAAUGUUAGGCAGUAGCGGCUAUCUCUGACAAGGUAUUUCUCAGAAGUGAUAAUAUGCUUAUUUUUACCUUUAAAGAAAUUCAUUGUAUUUGUGUAAUUAGGGCUGUUGGGCUUGAAAUUUUGGCCAAUCAGGAUUCUAGGUGAUCAGCAUAUGGACCACUCUUGAAUGAGACCGAUUUUAUCUUUUGUCUUAAUAAAGUUAGUUAAAUAAUCUCUAAAUCUUAAACUAAAACAUGCUGCUAUAAAAAUUAUUUGAUAUACCAAUUGAGUGUUUAAAAAUGCAUCAUAGAACAGAAAUAUGUAAAACUGAUGUUGAAUGUGAACAGGUGUUUUCAUAGGCUUGACUUGUUUCUUAAGACUUUAGGGAAAGUACGUUUAAUGAAUGGAAUAAGUAACUAACGGAAACCUAAGAAUUGGCCUUUGAUUUUAAAUAUUCUUACAAACCUUGUCAAUAAAAAUUAUAAAUCUAAAUCAG